GAUGUUGCCAUAGAGACUAUAAACUUACCCCAGCAGAGGCUGCUGGUUCAUAACUCUACACGCCGUUAAAAACUAAUUGGAUCCACUAAUCUUGUCAAUUAAACCAUCUUGGGGAAGUCGAAACAGUCCAAACACAAUUUUCACCAAGACGGACAAUGUCGUGGAACUGGAACAGCAAUGGCUUACCGUUUUUACCGGGAUAUUCUUUCCGGGAUGUGACGAAGUCAGCCUUCCAUCGUCCCCAGACUCUGGACUACAAGAAUGGCUAUGCUCUGCCCCGCCGCCCCACUGUGGGCAUUGGACAGGAUCCUUUAUUAUCAGAGCAGCUGAUUCAGCAGGAAAUCAAUGAGUUGUCCUUUGAGAAACCAGAUAUCGCAUAUGACUUUUUCGCCCGGGGCCUAUCCAAAGAGUUCAUCCCAGCUCACGUGGCCCUGGAUAAGAAGGUUCUGCGCUUUUAUGCCUUCUUUGAGGAAACCCUUGAUGAGGAGUACCGUGUGCGCCCAGUGGUCAUUUACUAUUACCUCGAAGAUGAUAGCAUGUGCAUUAUUGAGCCAGUUGUGGAGAAUUCUGGGAUACCACAGGGGAAACGGAUCAAACGCCAGCGCCUGCCACAGAAUAAGCGUGGAGAUCAUUACCUCUGGAAAGACCUGAACCUUGGCAUGGACCUGGAGGUGUACGGGGUCAAGUACCACAUCACACAAUGCGACCAUUUUACAAAGGAAUUCAUGGAAAGUGAGGGCAUUGUACUGAAUGACCCUGAGCUGAUGCCUGUUGAUCCAUACAACAAACACAGAGAAAAAUCUGAGGAUUCUUUCAGAACAGCCUCUGAAUUUGACAGCAUGCACCGUUUUCUUACCAUGGAUCGUAAGGUGCUGCGUUUUUUUGCCCUUUGGGAGGACUCUGACUCUGUAUACAGGGAGACCAGGCAUGUUACCAUCCAGUACUUCCUUGUGGAUGACACAGUGGAGAUCAGAGAGAUCCACAAACCCAACAGCGGCCGGGAUCCCUUCCCAGUCCUGAUGCGCAGACAGAAGAUGCCCAAGAAGAUCAAACCAGAGUCUGAGGUCUUUCCCCGCUGUGUGCUGGAAAUUUCAAAAGAAGAAGUAGACGAGUACUUCUCCCCCAAAGACUUCCAGGUGGGUCAGAGGAUGAAGCUGCUGGGGCGUCACUUCCUGCUGCAUGACUGCGAUGGAUACACUAAAGAGUAUUACCAGAAGAACCACCCUGAGCUGGAGAUAAAAACUAUAGAGGUAGAAAAGAUGGAGGACAUCCCUCAGGAGAAGAAGAGGGAGGCUCCUCCCUACAAUGGUUUUGGUUCACUUGAAGAUUCUCUCCAGAACAGUUUGAGCUUACUCCCUAAGCCUCCCGUAAAGAACUUGUUGAAGAUGUUAGUAAAUAACAACAAAGUACUGCGCUACAGUGCCAGGCUGCUCUCCCAGAAUCCUGAUGAUGAGGCCCGCCGUUUCGUACUGUCCUACUUCCUGUCCGAUGACAUGAUCAGUAUUUACGAAAAGCCCACCCGCAACUCUGGCAUCAUCGGUGGCAAGUUUCUGGAGAAGACACACAUCCCUAAGCCAGACUUUACAGUAGAAAAUCCUGAGUUCUACUCACCUGCAGACUUUGCUAUCGGAGCCACUGUAGAGGUAUUCAGCCAUCGCUUUGUGUUGACCGAUGCUGACCACUUUGUGCUGAAGUAUCUGGAGUCUAUCGCAAGCCAAGUCCCUCAACAAACGCUGGAUUCUCUGCGCCAGAAGCUGGGUGUGAGGACGGCUAAUGAUCCAGCAGCUGACUCAAACGGUGAUGUGGAAGAGUCUUCUUCAUGAUCCAUCAGGAAAGGCUUCAAUCCUUAAUAAAUCAGACCACAAGACCAUAAUGUAA